AUGGAACAACCGUGCCCGGACGAGACACCAUCGCUACAACCUCAUGCCCGCUUCAUAAGAAUAGCUGCGAAAGCUCUAGCUAACAAGAAUAUCCCUGUGGUGGAAUACGGGCAGCAGAUACAGUGGCGCCAUGGUGAACCUGUGGUCCUUCUACUUGUCGAAUGGGCAGUCCCCGAUGCACUGCUCUCACUCUCAUCGCAGAUCCUAUCAGACUGUGGAAUCCCCUGUGUUGCCCCAUCCAACAACGUCAGCGGCAGAUACGGACAAUGGGAGCGAGUGGCCAUCAUUCACAAGCUAAAUGAGAGAAGUCCAAUAUAUCUCUACCCAUUGUCGCUUGUCGGCUUUGCGCUCCGGGACACAGUCAAAGUCACAUCUACCUUUGAUCCUACGCUAUGGAUCUUGACGCCCAAACCUCGCAUGUAUAUGCAGUCGUUGAUUCGUCAUCUCCUCGAUCACCCGGUUGGCGAUAGAUUCAGACUUCGAGUGCAAGCUGAUCUAGUGUCUUUUAUAUCCUUUUAUGUUUUGGGCGACAAGCCGCUGGAUACGAAGAAUGGUGAAUGCGACGACGACGAGAGUGAGGAAGAUUUCCAGAAGAAAGUUGACAAUGCUGUGAGGAGGAUGAAAUCUUGGGAUUGGGGCGCUGAUGAAAACAACUAUCUUCGUAUUGCUGAAUCUGUCGUUCGCAACUGUCGGUCUAUUUAUCAGCUAUCUAAUUGUUAA